AUGCAUCUACGCCAAUGGAAGUGGUCGGCUGAGCGUGCUUCUCACUUCUUGCCCUCUCUUCCGCUCCCCUCUCCAUUCUCCUCCCCUUCCGUCUCCUCCCCUCCAUUCUCCUCCCCUUCCUUCUCCUCCCAUCCAUUCUCCUCCCCUUCCUUCUCCCCUACCUUCUCCUCCCCUCGCUUCUCCUCUCCUCCUUUCCCAUUCACUCCUCCCUUGCUCCUCACCCACCUUCGCCUAUCCACUCGUUUCAUACCCAUCUGCCUCACACCCACCUCCCUCACUCUCGUCCGCUCCCCGCCCUUCCUAACGCGCCUCUCUUCUACACUCCGCUUCUUUCCCUCCCGCCGCCCUUCCCCCUUCCCCAUCCACUCUUCCACCCACCCCCCCUCCCUGACUCGCCAGCACCACCCCCAUUGCACGUGUUCUCCCCGCUUCCUCCCUUCUGCCCGUCCCCACCCUUCCGCCUGGCCCUUCUCUCCUCCUCCGCCCUCCUGCUUCGCCCCUUGCUCCCCGUUCUCCCACCCCUCGCCUUGCUUCCACCAAUCCCAAGCCGCGCGCGCCCGCAUCCCUUCUACCCUCUCUGUGCCUUCCCUCACCACUCCGCCUUCCCUUCCCCUUCCGCGCAGCCGCCCAUCACUGCUGCCCCCGUCUCCGUUCCUUCCCCACGUGGCACGCAAACCUAUUUCCGUGGACACUCGCAAACGCGGCGGCAGAGGUGCGCGAGCAGCGGGGAUGGUGGCGGUAGCGGGGGCCGCGGUGAGGAAAUGUUGGGCAUAG